UCCUGCUAGAGUGCAAUGCUGACAUACCUUCAGACGGCUUGCUAAUUAUAUCAGAAUCGGGAGUUUUGGUGUGACUUAAAUCGGAAAAAUCGUCACCAUUCAUUCACGGACUGCUUUCCAAAGCCGAGACCGGUUUAAACAGUUCGACAGUGAAGCGCUUGAGUUAGCUGGCUUGCCUGCAAGUACAAGGUUAGCUGCUUAGAACGAACCACCUGGACCCGAUAACCAUCGAGAGAGGGCUAUGUCUUCAGCAGCCACCACAGCCCCGUCGGUGGACAAGGUGGACGGCUUCACCAGGAAGUCUGUCAGGAAAGCCAAGCAAAAGCGAGCACAGAGCUCGUCCCAGUUCAGAUCUCAGGACAAGCCCAUAGAGCUGGUGCAGCUACCUCUGUUGAAAGAUGUUUCUGCUCAGGAGCAACCAGAGCUAUUCCUCAAGAAACUGCAGCAGUGCUGUUUUCUGUUUGACUUCAUGGACACACUGUCUGACCUCAAAAUGAAAGAGUAUAAACGGUCCACCCUUAAUGAGCUGGUGGACUACGUCACCCUCAGCCGGGGGUACCUGACUGAGCAGACCUACCCCGAGGUGGUCAAAAUGGUGUCCUGCAAUAUUUUUCGGACUCUUCCACCUAGUGAUAGUAAUGAGUUUGACCCAGAGGAGGACGAGCCCACGCUGGAGGCCUCGUGGCCACACUUACAGCUCGUGUAUGAGUUCUUCAUUCGCUUUUUGGAAAGUCAGGAAUUUCAGCCUAGCGUUGCCAAAAAAUACAUUGAUCAGAAAUUUGUAUUACAGCUCUUGGAGCUGUUUGAUAGCGAGGACCCACGGGAGAGGGACUGCCUGAAGACCGUUCUGCACAGAAUCUAUGGCAAGUUCCUUGGCCUCAGGGCCUUCAUCCGAAAACAGAUAAACAACAUUUUUCUUUGUUUUGUAUAUGAGACAGAGCACUUCAAUGGUGUAGCUGAACUGCUGGAGAUUUUGGGAAGCAUCAUCAAUGGUUUUGCACUUCCUCUCAAAGCUGAGCACAAACAGUUUCUGGUGAAAGUGCUGCUGCCUCUUCACACAGUGAAGAGCUUGUCUCUCUUCCAUGCCCAGCUGGCCUAUUGUAUUGUUCAGUUCCUAGAGAAAGAUCCCACGUUAACAGAACCUGUGAUCAGAGGCUUAUUGAAAUUUUGGCCAAAAACAUGCAGUCAAAAAGAGGUUAUGUUUCUUGGAGAGUUGGAGGAGAUUCUAGAUGUGAUUGAGCCCACUCAGUUUGUCAAGAUCCAAGAAAUACUCUUUAAACAGAUAGCUAGAUGUGUAUCCAGCCCCCAUUUUCAGGUGGCAGAACGAGCUUUGUACUACUGGAACAAUGAGUAUAUCAUGAGUCUGAUUGAGGAGAACUCGAGUGUAAUCCUGCCUAUCAUGUUCGCCAGUCUCUACAGGAUCUCCAAAGAGCACUGGAACUCGGCGAUAUCAGCUUUGAUUUACAAUGUGCUCAAAGCAUUCAUGGAGAUGAACAGCGCCUUAUUUGACGAACUUGCCGCCAACUACAAAUCAGACAGGCAAAGGGAAAGGAAGAAGGACAAGGAGCGAGAGGACCUAUGGAGGAAGCUGGAGGAUCUGGAGCUCAGACGGGGCGUCCAGAACAGCGACGGGGUCAUUGCCACCUAACACAGACCUCAUCUCUGCCACUCUGUGUGGCCACAACCAAUCCUUUUCUACUCUGCCACAGGGACCGCGUCCCUCUAUUUGCUUCUCAUGCUGCGUACUUUACCGCACACUCCCUCGUUCAUUUCCUCCCUUUCAACAGCACUGUAAAUAAUCCUCUCCCUCUUUCCUGUAUCAUACUACUACGCUGAAAGAAAGAUGAAAACAAAAACUGAAAUUUUGAAGAGACUUAAUAUGCACUCCUCGGUGUAAAAAAUCUUAAAAUGAUAAUCAACUGUGGUCAAAGGAUAGAUUUAAAAAAAAAAACAAAAAAAAAAAAACUUUCAGUUCAGAAAUUGUUCAGCGUCUCCGUGUCAAUAUAUUGUGGAAGUACCCUGAGACUAAGGGAACUGUGCUCACCCUGCGAUUAAAGAUGUCUUAUGCGAGGAUCCCGUCAUCAUCGCAAAUCUUUUUUUUUCUUUUUCUUUUUCCCCAUCCCUUUUGAAGAGAGACUUUUCCAUCUAGACAGAAUUUGACUCCCCUGACUCAGGGGACACAAACCAGAAACCCAUGACGUGAAUACAAGGAAAACAGUGGAGAAAAAAAAAACAUUAAACAUCCUCUCUGUGGUGUGCAUUUUUUUUCUUUUACAGGAUGAUUGGCCUGGUACUUUACUGUAAAGUAGGGACAUGUCCCUAACUCAAUGUGCGAGAUUGGCCGCAGUCAGCUAUGGUGGUAUACUUCACUCAAUAAAGUGGACAAACCUC